AUGGCAGGGGGGGUGGGCGGUAGCGCGCAGGCGGGGUGCAGGGUAGAGCUGACGGCCAAUGUGGACGAGCCCUCCUCCUGGCCGCUCUGGCUGCAGAUGUGGCAGGACACGGGGGGAGGGCAGGGAGGGCAGGGGGGGGAGCAGGGGGGGCAGGGACGGCAGGGGGGAGGGCAGGGAGGGCAGGGGGGGCAGGGGGGAGGGCAGGUAGGGCAGGGGGGGCAGGGGGGAGGGCAGGUAGGGCAGGGGGGGCAGGGGGGGCAGGGGGGAGGGCAGGUAGGGCAGGGGGGGCAAGGAGGGCCAGGGGAAGGGCAAGGGGGUGGGCAGGGGGGUGGGCAGGGGGGUGGACAGGGGGGUGGGCAGGGGGGUGGGCAGGCAGUAAACCACUGGGGAGGGCUGUCGCUGCCACCGCUGCCGAGUCAACCCGGCACUGAGCAGAUCAACACCACACUCGCACCCCCCUCAUAUCCCCCCUCGCCCUCUCCUUCAUGCGGGCAUCAUGGCUGCACGCAACACCCCUCCUUCCUGCGCGUCAUCUUCCGCCACAACACCCACGAGGUCUUCGCAUUCAACCGCGCCGCCUCCUCCUCCCGCGCGCCCCUGCUCGCCCUGCUCCAAGACGACCUGCUCCCGCCCGCCUCCUGCCGCUGGCUGCACGCCAUCCUGCACGCCCACGCCGCACAGCCGUCCCUCGCAGCACUGGGGUACCGCACAGGCAAGGUGGACGUGGACAGCAGAGGGGGCGAGGGCGUGAGGGCGUACCAGAGACAGAGCCGGGCGCUGUGGGCGCAGCCAGCAUGGGCGGCGCGGGCGGGGGUGCGGGGGUACAUGGCGGGGGUGGUGGACUCGGGGCCGCUGGUGGUGCGGCGGGGGGUGUGGGAGCGCAUGGGGGGGUUGGAUGAGGGCAUGUCCACCAGAGGGCAGAGCGCCAUGGUUACUGACUGGGUACUGGCGUUCCAUGUGUGGAUGGGUGGAUACAAGUUUCAGCGCCACACCGUGGACGUGUAUAACCAGCGCCAGCAGCUCGAGGUGUACCGUGCUAACCUCAUGCUGCCGCUGCUGGACGUGUGGCAGUGA